AGUUGUGUGUUCGUCUCAACUUAGCACCACGAAAUGUGUCUCCCUCUUCAGCAAAGACACACACACACUUAACGUGAGACGUGCCAGUUAACGGUUUUUUUUUUGUUGGCAUUUGGAAGUUUUGUUUUCGUCGCCUUGAGUCUGUUUCGAUGUUAUACUCUGUGUAUUAAAACAUUCCGCUUGUUAAAAAAAAAAAAAAAAAAUAUUCAUUGGCCCAAAAAAGCGACUUCGUUUCUUCCAAAGAGUGUCCGCUUCCCCUCCCCUCGAUGAAGCGCUGCGAUGCCCUCUGAUUUUAUAUCCCUCCUUAGCUCGGAUCUCGACCUCAAUUCCCCCAAAUCUCUAUACUCAAAAGAGUCGGUAUAUGACCUCCUCCCCAAAGAGCUCCAGCUCCAGCCGUCGUCCACCCAGACAGACCCAGCCACCAUGAGCCAGAAGAGUGGGGGAGAGGCGGGACCUCCCCCCUCUGCAGCCUUGGCCUCAGAUGCCACAUCCUCCACCUCCAGCCCCUCUGCCUCUUCCUCCCUGGCCAUGGGAGUCCCAUCCACUGGCUCCUCUACCUCAUCCUCAGACCAUCUCAAGGUUCCCCAGCAUCUCCACUCCACCGGAGGGGAUGGAGCUGGAGCUUCAGAGAUGCAAAGUAUGGAGGGUGCUGUAUCUGCCCCCAGCAGAGGCAACAGUGGAGCAAACACUGCAACAGGAGACAUAGGGUCAGGAGUGUUGUCAGGGCUGGGAGUCCAGCAGCUUCAGAACACCCCAUCAAAACGGAGGCCUGUGUUGAGCAUAUCCCCGCCACCUGAGGAUCUAUUUGAUGACAGCCAGAUGUCUUGCCAAGAGGAGCCUACUGUAGCUGGUCCACCAGGUCCAGACUCUGAGCAUAGCAGCAGCAUGUGGGCUGAUGACUCCGUCUCCAACUUCAGCUUGAUCAGCUCCAUCUCCUACAACGACAACACAGAGGUGCCGCGCAAGUCUAGAAAACGCACCCCUCGUCAGCGGCCUGGCCCCAAGCCUGCUCCUCUGGAGGACAGCAUGGAUGUGUUUGAUGCUGACAGUGCCAAGGCCCCUCACUUUGUCCUAUCCCAGCUGGGCACAGACAAGACCAGUCCCAUAGCCAGCAGCUCUCUUGAGUCAGGGACUGCAGUGAAAGGUGGGUCACUGUCUACUCAGUUCCCCCAGAGGAGUGAUGGGAAGGAGCUAAAGAUCCUGGUGCAGCCAGAGACCCAGCACAGAGCCCGCUAUCUGACAGAAGGCAGCAGAGGGUCUGUCAAAGACCGCACACAGCAGGGAUUCCCCACUGUCAAGUUGGAGGGUGUGAGUGAACCAGUUGUGCUACAGGUGUUUGUAGCGAACGAUGCAGGCAGAGUCAAACCUCACGGUUUCUACCAGGCGUGCAGAGUGACGGGACGCAACACUACUGCCUGCAAGGAAGUGGACAUAGAGGGCACCACUGUUAUUGAGAUCCCCCUGGAGCCCAGCAAUGACAUGACACUUGCGGUGGACUGUGUAGGAAUUUUGAAGCUGCGUAAUGCAGAUGUGGAGGCCCGUAUAGGUGUGGCAGGGUCCAAGAAGAAGAGCACUCGCGCCAGACUGGCCUUCAGAGUCGGCAUUCCCCAACCUGAUGGAUCUGUACUUACUCUACAGGUCCCUUCAUCACCCAUCCUCUGCACCCAGCCAGCAGGAGUGCCAGAGAUCCUGAAGAAGAGUCUUCACAGCUGCUCAGUGAGAGGAGGAGAUGAAGUUUUCAUAAUUGGAAAGAACUUCCUCAAAGGAACCAAAGUUAUUUUUCAAGAGAACAUUGCAGAUGAUAAUUCCUGGCAAGCUGAGGCAAAGAUUGACAUGGACCUUUUCCAUCAGAACCAUUUGAUAGUGACAGUCCCUCCGUUCCACAACCAGUCAAUCACUUCUCCCGUUUCUGUGGGAAUCUUUGUGAUGACCAAUGCUGGUAGAUCACAUGACACCCAGAGCUUCACCUACACUCCAGACUCAGCUGAUAACUCAAAUAUCCGGACAGUAAAAACAGAGGGACCCUCCCUGGUCAAGACAUGUAUAUUUGACGGCCAGAUCAAAUCUUUAUCUUCUGAGAGAACUGACUGUGCUAGUCAGCCUUCCAAACGACAAGAGGACACACCAAUGGAAGUGUCGAGCAAUCCACCGCCCACUGACGUCUUUAAGCCCACCCCUGACCCUCUCGUCUCAGUGCAGCAGACCCUGGAGCUCAGCUCUAGUCCUCAUCCAGGUGGAGAGUCCUUUCAGAGCCCAAUGCCGCUACAACCUGAAGACGUGGAGCUUCCACAGGCGCCCCCUGUCUUCCCUAGCCUGGAGUCUCUAAGCACCAUACAGAAGCAAGACAUAGCCCCCACAACCUCCUUCCCAGUGUCGGGAGAUACUACAAUCCCUCCUGUGACACCCGAAGUCCCUCAGCAAUUCCUCAGAGACCCUCAGGAUAGCUUGGCUCCUGAGAGUUCUAAUAAUAGUGGUGGGGUUGUAGUUGUGGCCAUGCCCCAGAUAGCAACUCCCUCUCAGCCCCAGACACAACAGCCACCGGUUCCCCUGUUCCCGCAGGAAGGGGUGGCACAGCUGGAGAGGGCAGUAAGAGAGCUACAAGCUGGAGGUAACACCACGCUCCAGCAGGUUUUGGAGGCGGCUGUAGCCCAACAGCAGCUUAACUCUGUGCUGUACAGCCCCACACCUUCUGCAGACUCCCUUCAGCAGCACGUCCAGGAGAACAUGAAUAGCCUUAGAUUAGGAACUGCAGAUAAUUCUCUAUCGACACAGCAACAGCUACAGAUACAACAGCAACAGCAGAUACAACAGCAGCAGCAGCAGCAGCAGAUACAACAACAGCAGCAGAUACAACAGCAGCAGCAGAUACAACAGCAGCAGCAGCAGCAGAUACAACAGCAGCAGCAGCAGCAGCAGCAGCAACAACAACAACAACAACAAAUACAACAGUUUCAACAGCAUCAACAACUGCAUCAACAGCAGCAAAUCCUUGGUAACCUUCAGCAUCAACAACAGCAACACUUACAGCAGCAACAGCAGCAAGUUCUGGGCAACAUGCAGAUCCAACAGCAACUUAUAUUACAGCCCCACGACCAACAGCAAUUGCAGCAGCAGCAGCAAAUCAUGGAGAAUAUUCAACAGCAGCAACAACAGUUGCAACAAAAUCAGCAACAGCAAGUCCUUAACAACAUCCAACUUCAGGAUCAGCAACAACAAAGUCAAAUACUUACCAAUUUACAACAACAUCAGCUACAACAGCAGCAGCAACAGCAGCAAAAUCAAGCGUUGAGCAACUUACAACAGCAACAACAACUGCAGGAGCAGCAGGUGUUGGAGAAUUUACAGCAGCAACUCCAGGCUGAGUUGCUUCAGCCCCAGAUCCACUCCUCCCCCCAAGUACAGCAGCCAGUGUCCCUCCUUCAACAGGCUGGAGAACUGCUCACCAUUCAGACCAACUUCCCAACACAGCCUCCAUCCCACACAUCUCCCCCACAGCAACUCUUCCAAUCGCCCAGGCCCCUGGCUGAGACCCAGGGCUCCCAACAGCAGGUCCAGGCUGCCCUGCUCCAGAAUACACUGACUGUUCUGGCUAGUGGCAGUCUCAACUCAGAGCGGCAGUCAACGGGGUCAACCCUAUACUUGUCCCCAAACCCUCAGUCGCAACAACAGCAACAGCCGCAGCUGGCAUUCAUCUCCUCCAUGGAGACAUCCAACCAGCCCCAGUCUGUUGCAAUGUUUCAGAACCAACCCCAAGCUCAGCUCUCCCAAAUGCAGCAACAGAGCACCCCCAUGGAACAGCAGCAGUCUCCACAGCAGAACCAACAACAGCCACCACAGCUUCCAAUGGGUCAGCAGGGCUCCUUGUUCCAAAGUAUCCCAAACCACUCACCAGCUAACCCUGUCACUCAGAGCCAGCUUUCCCAACCCCAGCAGACAGGUCUGCUCCUCUGCACCACGGAUCUAAACCCACAGGCUAUUCCCCCAACUAUUCUCUUCAGCACCCAGACCCAAGGCCCUUCCCCUAUGGGGAGCAUUAGCGUUGGAAUCUCCCAGCCAGACCCAGCAGAGCCCAUGUCCUUCCAAGACCAGAGCUUAUCAGGCAGCAACUCGACAACCACUGAGAACCAACAGCAGAGCCUGUUCCAGGAACAGCAGCCAAUGCAAGUGGGCCCAAGUUCCAGCAAUAUCCCAAGCAGUCAACCCGUGGAGCUUUUUUUGCCACAGACAUCUCUGUCAAGCCUGCAGAGUGCUAUUGGCUCACAGGAGCUGAACAACCAGGCUCCAGCCCCUGGCACAACCAUCUUUGUGGUACAGGGUGGAGUGGGUGUGGUAGCCAACCCUGGCCAGCAGCCCCCAGAGCAGCUUUUCCAGACAACUGUGGGCGGGAAUGUGGCGCCACAAGGACAGGCCAACCUGUUUGUGUUUGGCAUCCAAAAUGAUUCGCCCCAGCUGCUCAGUUCCUCCGGACCCACCCUGCCAGCUCAGGGCCAACACCAGAACUCCAGUCACAUGCAGCCUCUGUUGGACCAGCCCAUGGCCCAAGCUGCCCCUGCGAUGCAGACCACCAUGCACAACAGCUUACAGAACACCCUUCAGGCACAAAUGCAGUCGAGUUUAGAGAACGCCAUGCAGACCGGCCUACAGAACGCAAUGCAGACAAACACACAACCGCCUCUGCAAUCCAGUUUACAGGCAACCAUAGAAACAAGCCUGCCAACUCCAAUGCAGACCAAUCUACAGACACAGAUACAGAGCAGCUUACAGAAUCAAUUGCAGGCGUCAAUAUCUUCAUCCUCCAACAUGGAUAAAAUUGAGGACCUGCUGGAAAGUCUACAGAAGCAGUGAUGAAUGUUUGGACCAUGUGGGCACUAAGGAGAGUGAGUAAUAUGUAGCUGAAAGUUAUACAUCCUUACACCAACAGACAGAAUGGCAGUGCGUGGUGUUUUGUGCCAAUUCCACAAAACUAAGAAAAAUUUAAAUAUUUAAGAAUUAAAUGCCCCUUUUACCUAAAACACAAAUUAUGAGCUCAUGUAACUCCUUGUUUUAUGGAAUAUUUAUAAUCAAUUAUAGCCAUCAUACAUCCAUUGUCCUUGAAUUGAUGAAUCCGCCUUUGUUAUUACCCCUCUUGCAGGAUCAGAGAGGCCUGUAAUAACUGCUUUAUCCAUCAGUCUCAGAAAUGCAGUGUUUUGUUUGUUUUAAAAAAUGUGAGCCUAAGAGAUGAUAAAAGCCUACCAGGUUUGGUGGAAAAAAACUGGAAAGAGAUAAAGAAUGUCAGCAACAGGGGAAAUAGUAAUGUGAUGGAGAUGCGACUGUAAGAGCAGGCAGAGUAGACGAAACAGCCAGCCAUGGAGUGAAUAACAGAUUGCACAUAAGUGUCAGAUAUAGGUUGGGUCUCACUUUGUUUGUGUGUGUGUGUGUGUAUGUGUAAACUUCAAGCCUUCACUUCAGAGCGUCUAUGAGAUGUGUCUUCGUCUGUUCAUCAUGUGAAGCAACAGAAGAGGGUAGGGGGUUUAUCUAGCAUAGAAACAGGGAUGAAAUAAUGACACAACCACUCAAUUUAAACGUCUUUUUACAAUGGAUGAUAUGAUCUUUUUUUUUAUUUUUUGCAAUUAAUUAAACCUUGUGUUUCAUAUGUCAACAAUUUGACUAAAAUCUACUCUAAGAGUAAACUAUUUAAUUAAGUACUUUGAUAGAAUGUUUUGCCUUCAUCAUGUUUGCUGGCAUGGCUGGACUCUGCAACUGAGCAGACUAUCAGACGGAGGAGAUAUCAACUCCACCAAAAAUGAAAUAAACACUCACCAAAAUGGAUAUCAAUACAUUAUGGUAUUGUAGGGAAUUCCCCCAUGUGCAGAAAGAGGAGGGACUGAGGGACUUUUAAACACUCGCAAAUGAGAUUCAACCUGAUGAAUAAUGUGACUUGGGACCUCCCCAGUGUUUUCAUACGUUCAGGCCUCAUCGCCGGGUUUGCAGAAGCAUUCUUGGUGAAAUUUUACGAAGCAUUGGACUAUGUAGUGUGUGUAUCUUUUGUUUUUGUUUUGUUUCGUUUUGAAGAAGUUGGUAACGCUUACCAAUUUAACGUGGAUAGAGAAAAAACUUUCCACUCGUGAAAAAAGGAGUGUCGUGUGGGUUUUAUAAACAUUUUAUCUCAAGCACUUUAUAACCUCUAGCUAAUCCUUAUAUCCGUCCACAGCUCUCUACUGACCCAGCUGAAUUUGUACUCAGAAACGUCCAGUUAAAAACACACAAAAAAAAAAACAUAAAGCAGUUUCUUUGUAAAGGUAAAUACAUCUUAACCAAGCAUUUUUACAUUUUGUCAUGUCUGAAUAUUUUUUAGGUCUAGGACAAAUUUGUAUAGAACGUCUGCUCACUGUUGAAUUCCUCUUUGUAUUCAGUCUCAGUGGUCCAGUCAAGUCUGUCAACAGCCAUUCCCACUAAAGCAUUGUCAUUUUUCAGUGUUGGAGUGGUAAGUGGGCCUUUGUGUUUUACACACUGGCAAAACAAACUAAAAAUACUGAUUUCAUUUAGUUUUGUGCAUUGAAAUGAAGAAUUUUCAUCGUGUUGCUAUUUGUACUAUUUACCGUUCAAUCUGUCACUUGUUUUACCUUCUGUUGUUUUAAAUAUUUAAUUUUUUUGUCUCAGUGUUGGUACCAUGUGCAGGCUGGCGCCAUGUGAAGUUGGCAUCCAGUUACCCGUCCCUUGUGUUGUGAACAGGGGCUCACUGGUAAAUGAAAUCUCUGUUACAUAGAGGGCACCAUUUUGAUUCUAUCGAUGGUGCUACGUACUGGAGUGAUGGGCACUUCUGAUGUGAUGUUAGAACAUAACAGUUUAUACUUAAUAUCAACAGCACUGACGGUAUUUGUUAGUUUUGGAGCGGAGAUGAGUCUAGAGAGCUGGCUGUUGUUGUGGGGUCAGACUGGAGUGUGCACCCAGGCAUACCAAAGCUCCUGUUGUGAAUCGUCGUCACCUUGUCUCACGUUUGUCCUCGCAAAUGUCCUCAUAACGUUUACUCAUUUAAAUUAUGCAGCUCUCACAUGGAUAGCAAUUCAGCAUGUUUUGUUCAAGUACAAGAUUUAUAAAAGAUAUGUAGAGGUACUUUGUUUCAUGGAUCAGUUAAACUCUCAUUAACAUUUCCACCAAUUUGAUAUUUACAUUUCUCAUUAAAAUUACUCUAUUUUUUGAUGCAAAAUAACACUGCUGUACUUUCCAUAUCUACAACAGUAGCCAAUUUGGCAUUAUCAAAAAAGCCAAUUUUUAGAGUUCAAAUGUUAGAAUAGCAUUGCUCAUAUGCAUUUGUUUACAUUUUCAUAGUCAUACUAUUUUGUCCUGCGGCUGUUAGUGAUCCAUUUUAAAGUAACUUAUCUUUUUUAGAAUUUUGUAUCCAUGUAUCAAAAUGUAGAGUAUUUUUGUAAAACUAAACUUUUUUUUGUUUUGUUUUGUUUUAUGCUCAUAGCACAGAAUAUCAUUGCUGGUAUGUUUUCCUGACACGUGGCACAGGUUUAUUGUGAAGUGUAUGACUGAACUUUAGAAAUGUAAUUAAGUGGACAUCAAGCAAAUAAUGUUAGAAAGUAAUUCAACCGUUUUAAAAUUGAGUUUAUCCAACUUGUAUAACGUAAUGCAUGGGCUAGGUUUCUUGUGUGUUUUUGUUCUUCCUUUUUUUUUUAACAUAUAUAUACAUACACACAUAUAUAUAUAUAUAUAUAUAUAUAUAUAUAUAUAUGUCAUGCAUCUCAAAUGGCACUUUGACUCAUCCAUUAACUGUAGGUCAGGUUAGAGCGCAGUAGUGAUGUUUCCAAGCAUUCCAUUCCUCCUGGGUUAGGGGAGUUUAAGAGCACAUGAUGUUUUGUGGAAGAAGUUGCGGAACAGUAAUGCCUCUUAAAGCCAUACCAACACAGAAAGCCAACCUGUGACUUCAGUUUCAUGAAUGUAAGUUUUACCUCAUGGUGUGGACAUAGAGCUUGCUCUACAUCUAACAUCGGACCAAUUACAGUUUUAGAGAACAUAUAUUUUGAGGCAGAGGGGAAUGGGUGGGGUGGCACCAGAUGUCAUUUGUAUCACUAUACAUUUGUCAUAUUGUUUUGUCUUGGACUGUGGUGUAAUUUCAUGUCCUCGCGUCCAGUCGUUUUUUUUUUAUUUUGAGCAAUCCAGGAUGCUCAGUCUGACUCGUGAAAUAGCCACAUCCACCUUAAAAAAAACAAAAAAACAAACAAAAAACAUGUGAAACAUGAAUUUAUUGGUGGUGAAGAUAGCACACAAAUCUUUACUCAAUAUCGGUUUUGUCCUUCAGUCAUGUAAAUGAAUAUCCAUGUAUAUUUAAAUGUGAAAUAUACUGCAGGGGGUAUCUUGAAUUUCAAUUGUGAUGCUUUCAACAGAACUUUGUGUGCCUUGAUAACUUAACUGUUACUCUGCUGUGUUUACUGGUGUCCCUUUUGUGUCACUGCUAUUUGGCUCCAUGUCCUUUUUAUUCACUGUUUAACAUCAGGACAGUUUUCAUGAUUUGAAUUUUUAUUUUAUAAACACAAGCAUAACCAUAGCCCACACUGAUGUAUUUUAUAAACCUUUUCUCUUGGAAAUCCAUUACAAGAUAUCAGAGUAAGUACUCUACAACAUAAUAUUGUGCAGCUUCACCAGUGAAUUGUCAAAUUGUUAUUUUCUGUUGAAAAUGUUUUUUUUUUGUUUUUUUCAUGCCUCAUGAGAUUUGUACAUGUGAGGUAAAAGGGACGAGACAGUGGAGAUUGUUUUAUGGAGAGCUUUCUUGUGUUGAUGUGCUUGUCAACAUUACUAUUGUUGCUGUGAAAUGCUUGAUCAAAAGGAGCAACCAUGAUAAAUUAACUGUUAAAUUGCCAAUAGUGUGAGCUGUAUCUUGUGUGUAAUCAGUUUGCUCACUUUUCCUAGUUCGCUUUCUAUUUCACAUUCUCCAACAGUUCUGUUGUAUCCGUUCUGUGUAGCUUGAGCUUUAGUAUCUAGCCUUAAAACCCUGCAGUCGGGAUAAAGGUCAACCCCAGUGUGUUAUCAUACAUCUGAACUAUUAUUAACAUGUAAUUUGCCUUGGUCUGGACAUUUGUAUACUCUUCUGUUUAUAUCUGUAAUCCUGCUGCUACAUUAAAUGAAUUAAUAAAAA